AUGGAGUCCAUAGAGUAUGACGUUAGUGUACAAGUCCCUAUUAUAUGGUUGUGGUGUUAGGCCUGACAAAGGUUUGUGUGAAAGCCGAAACGUUGUGAUGCACUGUUUCUGAAUAAAGUCUGCCUCUCGGAAAAAACCUCUUGGCCUAAUUUUUGCAUUUUCCAAUAAAUAAUACUAAAGUCGGCAUGCUAAUCCAGUAUAUCUUUCCACUUAUUUAUAGAGUAAAUAUUUAGCUUCCCCCCCCCCAUCUUUUAUUUUAAAUAAUUUUAGAUAAUUUUAAUAUUUAAGUAAAAGUUUUUACAAAAAAAAUCAAAAUUUCUCGUUUUAGUUUUUAAAUUAAAAAUAAACAUCUAUUAAUUGUUGCUUAUUAGAUGUUAACUUUUUUUUUUUGUAAUAAAAAACAAACAAAUAAAAUUAAUAAAUGUUAGUGUAGUGUGUGAUGAGAUGUGGUGGUAAUGAUGCAGUGAGCCCCAUGUUGGAAGGAGCACAUCUCCCUGCACAUGGUGCCAGAUACCUGGAGGGGAGGGGGGUGAGCAUUAGGAAACAUCAGUUUCAGCUACUCCCAUUGACAAGAGCCAGAUACGCCCCCUCCAUGACAGCAACCAAUCAGACUACGGUACGGGGUCGAGCCUCUUGCAAGCCUUUCCCUGCCUCUUAGUCAUGUGAUUCUCUUGUAGUAAUCAGUCUCCCAGGCUGCAGGCAGGGGCUGCAGGAUCUGCUCACUCUCUACCAAAGCCAAGGGCAACAAGGGGGCAAGUGCUAACCCUCCUGAAUAUCACCCUGGGAGCUGCUGCACUGCUGGACUGGAAGGUAGGGUGAGCUGGCACCCCUUUCUCAAUCUGUCCUCAUUGUAUGCAGGGCAGGAGCUGCCCAAAUCCCAGACAUAUGGUGAAAUGCUGUUUACCUUGAGCAUGCAGAUAUAUUACUUAUAUUAUUUAUUAUUUCUGAUUAUUGUAACAGCUAGGUAAAGAAUCAUGUUAGAGAUAGUGCAGCCAUUGUCAGAUCAUUAAACUGCUGUUUUAGUCAAUAGGUUGUUGGUUUUUUAAAAUUAAUAUUGUAUUUAUGCUCAUGUUUAGACAUGUGCUGUGCAUCUCCUGGGGCUGAUUGUAGUGUUUAUAUCCAAGCUGGAACUGUUGCUAAAUCUUACAGAGCCAUAGAAAGGGAGGGGGGAGUGUAUAUAUUUUUUUCAAUAUAUAUAUUAUUUUAUUAUUUUUUUUACACAGGUAUGUAUAUGUUUUGUGUGUGAGACGUGGUUUAAUUGCUGUUGUGUUUAGUAUUGAUUUUGCAGUAUAAUUGUUAUUCUGUAGCUAGCUUGUAUAGCAGAAUUAAUAUUAAUAAAGGAUUUUGUGGGGGAUGUCUGGGUUAUGUGAUUUUCGAAGGGUUGGGGGAUAGAAGAGGCUGCAGCUAGCUAUUCAUGCUGCAUGUGCCUCUCUGGGCUGUUAUGGUGAGAAUGUUGACAGUGUGAGCAGGAUUGAAGGAGAGAGGGAGGGAGAAGGGAUUGAGAGGGAGGGUUACUAGCGGUCAUGUUCAGCACUAGGGGCCAAGAGAAAGGGAGUAAGUAACACACAAGGACUCAAUAACAGGCUGUACAAUGAGCCAUUCACAAACAGCACCAAGGCUUAGCUGAAUUAACCAUUAAGAGCCCUUGAAUAACAGUAGCCACAUUCCUCUGGCAAUUGAAUGGUUACCCAGUUCCAGUCUGUAUAGUCCCUGCAACGAGGUUGCAAAUACAAUGCAACAAUAUAUUGUACGGCAGAUGGAUUAAACCAUAAUUUUACUUUUGUUUUGUUUGAGUUUUUCCUUCUGUAUGACAAUGCCAUGUGGAUAUUAUUCAUAUUAAGAAUAACAAAAUAUCAACAUAUCCCAAUUUUGAACUCACCUGCACUCUGACUCUUUUCAUGAAUAAUGUAUGGAACAUUGUAUGUCUCUCAGGGUGCAUAGUGACAUGUCAUUGUUUGCAUGCGACAGAGAUUGAACCUGACUCAAAGUCAAUGUUUGUAGCAACUGAGAUUAUUACAGAGCAAAUGGUUACAUGACAUACAUUAGCUGACCAGGGGAGAAAACAUGCCAUCUUGUUGGAGUAGGGCCCCAGCACCUGUGGAUUGCAACUCCUAGUGGGUUCUGCCUUUUUCAUCCACAGGAGCUGAAAUGUGCUACCGAUGCUGAAUGAAUAUUUUAGAGGUUGGUAGAUACUGGAUGAGCAAGUAGACUGAUCAGACCCAGCAGAAGAUUUGACAGUUUCCUAAUAAGACCAUCAUUUUAGCUCCUUUCACUGGUUAGUGCACUUUAUUCCAUUACUUUUGUGUCCAAUUGUUUUUCACGUAUCUGAAAUAUGAUUGGUAACCAUAGUUUAGCUAACGUGCCCACCAUACAUCAGAUAUCGCCAUCCUCUUCCUAAAAAGCAGAAAAAAGAUACAAAUAUUGAAAACAGUAAGCAAAUAAUGAUGUGGUGGUGGUGGUGGAGGGGAUUGAUUAAACCAAUUUAUAACUUAAUUUAUUGAGUAGUGUUCGAAUACAUUUCUAUAACUCAAUAAUCUCAGUCAUACUUUGGCUGCUGAGUGAUGGUUUAGAAUCUGGGGAGUUGAAGUUCCAAAAUGAAUGCAGUUUGUCACCAACACAAAUGAACAACAAUUCAGCCACAUGAUUAGAAAAAGCAUAUUUUUCUCAUUGUACUGAGCUCCAGAAUAUGUUUCCACAUUGCAAACACACUAAUAAUUAUUAUACGUUAAAAAACACCAAUAGUAAUGGUAAAUGUCCGCAGGGCAGCUGCUGUUCUGUGAUCUCUAUUUGGAUGAAGUGUGGAAUUUUAAGAUGAAAGCAUUUCCAAUCUCCUGAUGUUGGGAUUCUGCAAACAAAAAGUAUUUUAAUUGCCUCCAGAAAGCAGUAAAACAUUUGGGACGAUUUAAAGGGGAAAGAAAGUUAUAAGAAAAAAAUGCAACAACAUGUUUACAUCUGUUCAUUGAUUGAUCCUGUUUUGCAGAUUUUUUUUUUUUGUUUAUUUUUACAUUUUUACCUGUUAUCUGAUGUAGAUUACAGGCAACUUGUCAAACUCCAAACAUUGUACUUUCUCUGACACUGAGAAAUGUAUUAUUCUGAGAAACUGCUGUAAAAGGUCAAGAUAUGUAAUCUCAACAUUUACUCCAUAAUCUCCUCUUUUUACUUUCUGAGUAAAAUGCUUUUAGGAUCAAGAGAAUAAGUGUCUUCUCUAUACUGGGAGUUGUGUCCAAGCGACCAGGGAAUUGCAGUUGGGACAACAUUGCCCAAUUGGGGAAAAAAAAUCCAACUCUGCUAUUUUAGCAAUCUGGCUGUUGGGUCUAAAUUUUUAAGUUUUCUUUACAGGUCUCUACAAUUCCCAUUUUAGUGGAUAUUCCCAGUGUGCAUUUCACUGAUACUGUCUCAAGUAGAAGCAAUGUUGAGGGGUAUAGUCUAUUGCCAAGGUUACUGCAAAGAAAGUGUAGUCUGAGGUUGAAAUUGGUUUGAUGAGGGCAUGAGGCAUUAAAUCUUCAAAUGUUGUCCUAACUAUGAAUUUUACAACUGUAAUGGCAAUUGACAAGAAAAACCACAUCUAACAAUGAGACACCCUUUGCUGUCUCCUGAUCAUUACCUGGUGGUAAUGGGAAUUGUAGCUGCAAAGAUCUGGACUAAAUUCUCUGCUUUCUAAAGAGGUUCUGCAGCAGCUUAGAUAUAUUUAUUAAUGGGUCAAACAUUGUGGUAACAGGAACUGUAUUUUUCUCAACCAUACAAACAUGUAUAGAGGAAUUAGAAAUUGAUAAGCAUUCACAGGCCAGCCAGAAUAGUCACGUUUGUAUCCUGUCCAAAUUCACCUUAAUUUAAUUAUUUUAUAUAGAUAUACUGAAUAGGUAGAGGGGCUGAUAAGAUGGGUAAUGAGCUAUGACAGUGCACUCAUAUCUAGCCAUCGGCUACCUCCUAAAUCUAUGGGGCCUAAAGACUGGCCAAGCAUCAUGGGAAAUGUAGUUUACAAGAAUUUGGGUUGCCAAUGUUGACUAUUAGUACCUUAUGUAAAGGGUAGAAAUGUGCAACCUGGGUUUCAGGGCUACUGAUGGCCUGGCUCUUGGGUCAGUAAAAUUCCUUUAUAUCCAGUGAAAAAGUCUCCAGUCUGCACCUGGUUUUACUUGCCACUGUUUGUCUGUCAUGUGAGAUUUCAAGUGACUUUUUUUUUUUUCUUUUGUAGAAAGUCACUGUCACCAUAUGUUGCUCUGCUAGGACUGGUUUAAUAGGUAACUCUUCAAAGGCGUUGAUAAGAUUUUAAUGACCUUUCCACUUCAGUCAAACCAGUUAACUGCAAGAGCAAACACAUGUUACAGUGGGAUCUUGCUCAGCUGAGGAAUUUAUUCUUUAAUCGGCUGUUUUGAAGGAAUCUUUCAGCUGUUCCAGAAGAAAAAGAAUUAGCAGAGUUUUUUUUAUUUAUUUAUUUUACAUUUUUGUAUAGUCGACCAUCAGCAUAAAAACAAAGAUAAAGGUCUGGGCAACUCCAAAAUCUACAGAAUGUGGUUAAGAGGAGGUUGUUAAUUAGGUUAAUGCCUAUGGGUACUGCCAAUAAGGCAUUUUCUGUUAGGAUUUAUUCAAUAAACAGGGAAUUGUAGUAUAAUAGCCAUAAAAGCUGUAAAUCGUGUUGGAGAAUUCUCCUAAAUUGGCUAUUUAUGGCCUAAAAUUCCAUUUUCAAUUAUCCACUAAUUCCUGUUGUAAUGAAUAAGUCACCCCCUUGCCCUCAGCAAGCUAAACAGGAGACCUCAAUCUUCGCUGAAUAGAUGGGAUGCAAAUUUAGCUCCUUGCUUGGAUUACAUGAUAUGCUAAUCCAAUGACCCAUCCAUCAGUGUAUGAGAUCGGUGGGAAAUGCGUGAGCAGUGCUGCAACUUGGGGAACUAAGAAAUUAAGCCUUUUGGUGUAUUUUAUUUUCUUGCCUUUAGCAUCAUGUGACAUUUUUCCCUGUAUAGACAAAUUACAAGAAAUCCCAAAAUAUAUUGUCUGCGCUGUAGGAACGACCACAUUUGUACAACUCAAAUACUGAACUUUGUGCAGUUUCCUCAUCUCUAUUUACACAAAACCCCAGGCCGAAGGGAGUCUUAAGGGACGAGAAAAAGAAACCUAUUCUGUUUGUUCUAUUCUGAAUACCCUGUUUAGUAAGACUUGCUCAGUUUAUAUGCAUAUCAAUCCUUAUACAUAUAGACUGGCAGAAGGCUAGGUAGAAUAGAUAGAUUGAAUUCCACCACAUUAUAGCAGCUACACAUGCUUGGACAAUGACCGUUUUGCCUACUGUUGCAUUUAAAUUCCAAGAUUGUUGCAUCAUCCUUUAAUGCAAGGUGCAUGUUUUAAAAGGGUCCUCCUUAAAAAGGAUAUUCUGUAGAUCACCCUCAAACCCAAUCUAUAAAAUGAAUUUGUCCUUCAUGUAUGGUGACAUUAGGUAGCACUACUGGUGGUUCUGUUUUUACCAAAGGAUCUCAAGGCUGAUGAUGGUGGAUGAGGACUUUUGUCACAAGCUGUCACUUAGUAUUUCAACCUAGAACAAAUUAUUUUAAAAAUUCAUGCACACUGGACCCAUAACCAUAUAUUUAUAAUUUUUGAGAUUCUUAACUAAUAUUAUGCAGGACUAUCUAUGCAUUCUUAACAGAGGGUCUCUCCACAACAUGCUAAACAUGGUAUGGGGGUACCAAUGCUCAGAGAUAUAUAUUGUAUUGUAUAUCGCUUGGGCUUGUGCUGUGUUGACAGAGCAGUCACUGAAGCAUAACAGACCUUGCUGGCAGCACAGGGGUUAAGAAAGCAUAUAAUCCCCUAUUGACUAUUCAUUUUCAAAUGUUAGGACAGAGCAGCAGUGUAGCAUGUAGGAGACAGGUCUGUUCUAAAAGCAGCAUAACCAGAGUUUUCAUGCAAUCAUCUACAGUCACAGUGCUCAUAUGAUGGGUGGGGGGAUGACUGCGACCCUUGUAAUUCACUUGCUCUAUCUUAAAAAGAGUUCUUUAUCCCACUUCCCCACUGGAGCCAGUAAUAUUGCCCUCUGUGUGGAACUGAUAGCCAGUUCUUGCAAUCUAUGCCCUCGCAUUAAAACAUCUCAUAAACACCACAUUCAGUGUUCCAUUUAGCUCUCCGAGGCCAAGUUACGGACCACAGUACACUCUUCAAACCCAUCUGGCUCAAAGACCAUCACACUCUAGAUCCCUUUACUGUACACAACCCACUUACCGUGUGCCAAGCAUGGCAUUGAUCGUAGUGGACUGGAAGCUACAUUAACUUGAUCAAGCAAUAUGAAAGACCUUACAGAGCUACCUUUUUAACCUCAAAGAGGUUAUAGGUGCUGACAUUCUAUGCCUAUUCAAAGACAAUACUCUUUAUAUGGGAGGGAAAAAGUACUGCCUAAGUUUGCACUAUUUUACAUUUCCCACAGAGCAUAAUGCUAAGAGAAAUUUAAAAUAACAUUCAGUAUAGAGAGAUGUAUAUAUGUAAUGAAUGAAUACAUUUAUUUAGAUUGCGAAGGCAUACAUUUUGUGUAGGGCCAUUCUUUAAACCUUGAAGAGUUGUUGUUGUUUUUUCUUCUUUUGGGAUAUCCUUAUUAAUUGUUCCUGCUCUGUAGAAAGUUUAGAAAACUUUCAAAACUAUGUAUUUCAAUUUCCAAUAUAAUUCAGACAUGUGACUUGUAAAUAAACUGAAUUAUUUUAAUUUUUUUUUUUUUUUAUUAUUUUUUUUUUAAAGCACCUAGCCCUCUCUGACAUUUUAUUUUUUCUCUUUUGGUUGCAGGGCCCUCAUUUUGGGUAUUUUAUUGCAUGUGCUGGUGAGGUUACCUCGGAAGCUUAUCCAGGAAUGGUGGACCAUUUGAUCCCUACUGAUGAAUGCUUCUCUACACCUCAGUCUGGUAUUAGAUUCUCAGCUGAGAUGCUGAUGGGUGGAAGGUCUUAUCAGAUGUUACCUUCUCCUGUAUCGGAGGAUGACAGUGACUCUUCCAGUUUCCGUUCUUGCUCCAGUCCAGACUCUCAAGUGCUAGGUUCCAGCUAUGGCAGCACAAGUAGUGCAGAGAGCCAGGACAGCAUUCUAGAUUACCUUCUGUCUCAGACAACAUUGGGCAACACGUCUGUAUCUUGGUGGGACAAGAGGAAACCACAGUCAAUGAUCAAAGAGGAAUUCUUCAAGGUUCCGGAUUUUGGGGGAGAUAUGGAGGAAUCAUUGUUUCAUCCCACCCUGGAUGAGAUUGAGGAGUUUUUAGAGGAAAAUAUGAAAUCUGAUUUAAAACAUGACAUGCAAGAUGAUGCCAAGGAACUGCGAAGUUGUGGUCAUUUGUUUUCUGAUCAAGUGAAAGAGGUUCCUGCGCUAGGGAGCUCCAUGAAAGAAAACACCAGUGAACAUUCAAAAAAGUCAUCGCAGGAGGAAUCAAGCAACAAAAGCUCGACUGGUAUUACUUUAGAGGGAGGAAUUCCUGUUAUUCUUCAAAUACAACCAAUGGAGGUUAAACAAGAGUCAAACUCCAACCAGGCUUCAUCUUCACAGUUCCCUGAUAACGUUAAAGUAGCACAACUUCUGGUCAACAUUCAAGGUCAGACAUUUGCUCUAGUUCCACAGCUAGUCCAGUCAUCGAACUUGUCCUCUAAGUUUGUCCGCAUUGCUCCUGUGCCCAUUGCUGCUAAACCUGUGGGCCCUGGAGGAGCACUUCAGGGACAGUCUGGAGUCAUGGUUGGUCAGAAGUUCCAAAAGAAUCCAGCCACAGAACUCGUAAAAAUGCACAAAUGUACUUUCCCGGGAUGUACUAAAAUGUAUACCAAGAGCAGCCACCUCAAGGCCCACCUGCGUAGACACACAGGGGAAAAGCCAUUUGCCUGCACAUGGCCUGGAUGUGGUUGGAGGUCAGUAGACAAAGUUUCCAAGAUAAGACAAAAUUUGCAUCAAUUUAAAGAAUUUUGAUAAAACAACAUAGCUACAAAUUCUAGUUAUUUGUGACAUGAAUGUGACUGAGUAUAUAGAAUUACACUUCUUUUCAAAUUGUUGUUAAUGAAACAUUUUUUUAAAAAAAGAUUACAAUAUAAAUUUGAAACCAACAAGUAAUAACUAUAGUACAUUAAAAAAUAAAAUAAAAAGUGGAGGGGAAGGAUUCAUCAUUGUCGCUAGUAAAAAUAAAUCCAUAACGUGUGCAAAAUUCACACACCUGGUCAAACCUGUUGGGAAAAUUUAGCAAUUAAGAAUAUUUCCAAUUCUGUAAUUUUACUUUAAAUAAUCCCUAUUUUUCAAAGACAAAUUGGUAGCCUGGUGACUUUUAUCUGCUUUUUAUUGCUAGCCUAUUGCUGUGAGAGGGUCCCGUAGGAUAACUACCAGUGUUUUGACCCAGGCUGAUAACAAACCAGAAAGAGAAUUGUACAGAAAAUUAGAUAAUUCAACUAGCUCUUCGCCAACAUUUCUUUCUUGUUAAUGGCGAAAGGCAUGAUGGGCCAUUAUACAGUUCUCUCGGGUUUGCACUUGAUGGGAAUGUUGGCCCACACUGCGCAUAUCAAACAAUCUGAUGUUUGCGCUGGGUGUGUUACUGUUUCUGUAAAAGCUGAUAUUUGUAACCUGUAGUAAACUCUGUUUGUUGCCGUAUUAACAGAGGCAGCUCAAACCUGCUUCUGCAUGUAUCUCUGCUACCUGUUAUAACAUGUGACCUGCUCUGGAUUGAUGAGAAUGGAACAAUUUGUGCUUCUAAAUAAUACUUCCUUUAACCAGUGACAGUCUGGUGUGACACUAUAUGUUCCAGAAAAAAUUAGGAAAUCCAAAUUGGAUACAGGAUUUCGACUCUUCUGGUCCUACUGUGACCACAUUUCAUGCUUUCUAGAAAUGGGAAUCUUGUGAUGUGAUGUGUGUGUGUGUGUUUUGUAAUCGGAGUAUGCCUGGGUUACUGCAGCUACUGUUUGGGAUGCUGCAAAUACCUAAACGCUAUUUCUAACGUGAGUGUCUCCUGACUUGGGUUGUUGUUUUCCUGCAAGGUCAUUAAGGACUUACUUGUAAUUUUACAUUGUGCACAGCCCAUGAAGUUUGUUGAUCAUCAUCAUGAAUGGCAGCUGAUAACGUGUGAGGAAAUGGGGUAUCUAGAAUGCGUUGUGGCAGAGUUUAGUGAUUUAUCGAGAUAUUUGAGAUGGUGGCAUUUUGGCAUUUCAGAUGUUGUAGACUACAUGUCACGUAAUGUUCUCACAGUCAUAAUACUGGCAAAGCAUCAGGGGAGAUGUAGUCCACAUCACAUAGAGUGCCGUAGGUUACCUACCCCUAGGUAAACGGUAAAUCCACUCAAAGAUUAGCAGUGUCAUAGCUUUGAUGGCAGUGUUGUAGAUAACUAAGAUGUUUAUGGUGAACUAACUCUUAUUAAGAUGGGUGCCCUAGUAUUGCAUGUAGAUGCCCAGGGAGUUUGUAAGCCCAUGGAAAGAUUGGAAAUGGUGAGAUUUUCAUAUUAAAGAUCUAACAUAGGGGAACACGGCUGUAGAUGCGAAGUCCAAAAUUAUAAAUGUAACAAAGACCUAAGUCAAAUAUUAUUCUUAUUAAGUCACAAUGAGAAAUGAUAAAUCAUUUUCCGACUUGGUUAUUGUGCUACAUCCUGAUAGUAUCCACAUGCAUGAGCAGCAGAUUAUAGUGUACUUGUGGGUGGGAUUGAGACCACAGAUGGUGGUGUAACAAACCAUGCACCAUUAAUUCCUCCAUUAUACAUAGAAAAUAAUUUAAUAGCAUGUUAACCAUUUUAUAUAUUGCGGCUUUAUCUUGCUAACCCCAUUAUAUGCAUAGUUAAUAACUCUAAUAUAUUCCCUUUAACCAAUACAACACUUCUUUAUUAUUGUGAAGUUCAUGACUUGAACUGCGGUCCAUGAGUUAUAAUCAGAUAGCCAAGACGUAUAGUAUGUUCCAGAGUCUUGUACUCACUUGGAGGGGGUUCUGGUGAAUUUAAUUCACAUUUGUAGAUCUAACACAUUCCUUUUGUGUGUGGGAAAUUCUGUAGUAAUUUGUAGCAAUGGGUGCAAGGCAUUCUAUUUCACAAUCUCCCAAAGAGAUUUCUCAAUUCUGCUGAAUUAUUAACCAUUUAUUCUCUGCUGCAGGGUGGAUGAGAUUACUAUCAACACUUUUUUUUUUUUUGUUUACAAAGAAGACCCAAACUCCAUGGGUCAUGUAUAAGCACAGCAUAGGACAAGUGGCUCACGAGAGCAACCAUAAUACCAUCAGGUUAUCAAAGCCCUGUCCUGCAUAGUGAUACUGCCCUUUUUCAGUUCCCAUGAUCUUAGCUACGUGGUUCUAAAGCCAGAGGCUUACUACACAAAAACCUCUAGCCGGAAAACACUCUAUAGAUAUUGUAUAUGUUUCUCAGUAUAGCCCUGUUUUCAUGCUGAUUAAUUGAAUUCUGCAAUAGGGGCAGGAUUCCCAACCCCCUCCUGCCUGAUGGUAACCAAGGUUACUGCUUAGGCUUUCUAGAAUGUAAGGGGCCCUAGUAUGGUACCCAGCAAUCAGCAUUCAUCCAUACUGGCAAAACACGCCAUUAGGUUUAAUUGAAAGAGAUGGAUGGAUGGAUGAAUACAGGAACAUACAAGUUAAUAGGCAAAUAUAAAAAUAAAGAUUUAGCUGUAAAUACAUAUUGAUGGAGACAGGCACUGAUUUAAUGUGGACUUAGUCAGUGCAAUUCCUUCUAGUCUCUUAUUUUGUGGAUUUUAAAAGAAGUAGUCUUUAAUAUGGAUUUGUGUAGGAUGUAUGUAUGUGGCUGUUGUCCUCUUUUUGUUUCUGUGAAUUCCAAAAGAAAGCUUUAUGGAGGCAACCAUUCAGUUUUCUAUAAGCUGUGCUAGGAAUGAGUCAAAUAUUCAAACCCACAUUGUGUGAUGACAAGUCAAAUUACUUUGAACUAUUCCGACUGGAUAAUUCUUACUGUCUAAUCCAAAAAUGAAUCAUGGUUCAAAUUUUGAUACAGUUUAUGUAAAGGGAUACAGAGUUGGAUAGUUCUUAAAUCUUGUUUAUCUUCCUAAACCACUUUUAGAGUUUGACAACUCCUCUUACAUUCAUAGACCUGUUCAUUGGAAACCACUGGUUAUGGUGUUGAAGAAAGCAACAUUACUCUUAUCAAAUUCUUAAAUCUAGCUUAUAAUGGGGCUCUGUGCAAUAUAUAUGUUACACUAGGCUUGGUGAAGAGUAUGUAUACCUUUUUUAAGAGGAAACUAUAUUGAUGACUUUGGGGCUUCUAUUCUCAACCUGAGCAUGCUAUAUGAAUCCUUUCAUUGACAGUUCUGCAGUAAUAACUAUUGCUUCUCAAAGAGAUACUGUAAGAGUCACCAUGAUUAUUUCAGAUUAUUGUGUGUCAUUUUCUUACAACUCUCACAUCUUAAAGUGGUUGUUUUGGAUAAUUAGGAAAAAGUGUACGUGAGUGUUCUUGUUAACAUAAUAUAUCAUAGAAACAAAUUAUCUCAUUUAGUCAUUUAAUAUCCGAUCUUUCCUAGUUGCAUCAUCAAAAUGUCAAUUCACUAUCCCCUGUCCAGUGACUUAGGCCUGUAAACACUGCACCAAAAAAACAGGUGGAAACUCAAAGGGACAGUUUAGUCACAUGAAGGCACCAUUACAACUUUAUCUAAAUAAAGUUAUGUUGCCCUGAGGCCCCUGGAUGUAGUCUUACCACCAGGGGUUAAACUGUUUUCUAACCACCACUGCUGCUCUCGGCUUCCCCUCGGUAGCUUCCGGCUUCUCUAAUUUCACUUACAGGAAGCACACAGUGCCUAUAGGGUGAGCUGCAUGCUGAUUGGCUGAGAGCAAUCAGUGACUCUCCAUUUACAAAUCUGGCUUGGAAAGUCCCCUGCCCGGCGGCAUUCUCCGCUUCCUGUAAGUGAAAUUACAGAAGCUGGGAGCUACCGGCUUUAUUUUGUCCUUACUGCAGCAUCUUUGAGGACGAAUCGUCUCUUAUUUAAAAAAUAAAUUUAAAUUAAGAAAAGUUGUGUAACAUUUGUUCUGCUAUUCUCUGGUGUUGACUUAAACUUUCCAUUCUCCUUACCAGUAAGCUUUUUAAAAUUGGUCCAUGGAACAGCCAAGAGGUGGGAUUUGGCAAUUUAAAAAUAUUUAGCAGAUCCCACAUCUAAUGAUAUCACUUCUGUAUCUCAUCUGUGGUCUCUUACUAUUGAAAUGGAUGCAUAUGUUUUGGGGGAAAGAAGAAAGAUCUCCUUAAGGCAGAAAACAUUUGAAUCGAAAACGGUCAAUAUGUAUCCUUGUAAUAAUGCAGUGCAUUAAGACCUAAUAGUUUUUGUAAAAAACAAUAAAAUAAAAACUGUCCAUUGCCUUUCUGCUUCUCAAAGUGACCUAUGAGUUAAUAAACAAAAAAAAAUGUCUUAGAGUCUCUAAAACAUCUAAGGGUUUUAUUAAAUCUACAGCAAGUUGUCAGGAGUUUACAAGCAAGGCUUUAAUAUUUUGGCGGAAAAAUAAAAGAACUGGAUUCAAUUUUUUGUUUUGUUCUCUCUAUAGCACACAAUUUAAAUUUUAUACCCAACUUUGCUUAUGUUAACUGAAAACCUAGUGAUCAGUGGUGAAGGAAUUUAUGAUAUAUUGUACAGUGCUAUGGAAUAUGAUGGCGCUAUAUGACUAAUAAAAUAAUAUUCCAUAUCCGUACUUCAAUUCUCAUAAUCUGCAGUUUACUGACUAGCCACACUUCACGUGAGCGGCAGCUUAGGGGUUUUAUAUGUACUGACUAUCUCUGUAAUGCCAUCCUAAGAAAUGUAGUUACCAGCUAUGCCAACAAUUAGUGCCAAGCUGUGAUUCGGCCAUAGACCUAACUUUGUUCAGUUCCCUAUGAAAUGUUUGUUUUUGCUAUGUUGUUGAAAAUAUUUCUGACAUGUUUUGUUAUCUGAAUCAGACCUCUGUAAAUAUGCUGCAUUUUAUACUGAAAACUCAAUCAAACAAUGGUGUCUUUCUACUUCCCCAGGUUUUCUCGAUCAGACGAGCUCUCCCGACACCGUCGUUCACAUUCCGGGGUGAAGCCGUAUCAAUGUGCUGUCUGCGAGAAGAGGUUUGCGCGAAGUGACCACCUCUCUAAACACAUUAAGGUGCACAGAUUCCCACGGAGCAGCCGCUCCACACGUUUGUCAAACUGACCCCUUCCCCCACGAUGCCCAUCCCAGAAUGUGUGAACUUUCCAGCACUUUGUGCAUCUUGCCGUCAUAACUUAUUAUGCGUGGAACAAAUCCUCUGUUCACCUGGACCUCGGCGGUAGAUGGAUCUCGCCUCCCAUUUAAUACGGCUACGGAGGAAGAUCAGACUCCAAAAGGGAAAGAGAUGUUAAAUCGGAACAUUGGACUACGUACUCUGCUCAUUAAUGAGCUCUAUAUCUAUGCCCUUUAUGGUAGUGAAAUGGUUGAAAGGAAGAUUGAAAAAUGAUUUUCCAAUCUUAGCCUAAAUUAUAUUGUCAUUUUUGGUGGAAGGGUUCGGGUACUUGGUGGUAUGGGCAACGUUUGUGUUGUGAUGACUGGAGAUAAAUGAUGGAAUUUUUUAUUAUAUUUCUUCUUUUUAAUCCAUGUAUUUAUCCCUUUAUUUUGCUGGCAAACAUUUUUAAGGUGCAUUGGAGGUUACAUCGACAGAGCAGUGUUCUAAACAUGAUUCAGUCACUGUGUAAACCAGAGGUAGGCAACCUUUGGCACUACCGAUAUUCUGGAUUACAUAUCCCAUGAUGCUUUGCCAGCAUUAUGGCAGUAAGAGCACUAGAGGAGAGCUGGUCCACAACAUUUUGAGUGCUAAAGGUUGCCAACUGCUGUAAAUUAACAGAAUGUCUCUCAUGACUGCCCCAAAUUAAGAACUCUUCCCCAGAAAUACUCUUUCAAAACCGACCCUAUAAUGCAAUGGUGCUUUGGGUAUUGUUUUGCAAACAAUGGUUUAUAUGAAUAGAGAAAAAAAUGACAGGAUUAAAAAAUGAUCCUGGACCGUAAUGGAAUGAUAUUAAUCUUGUCCUUUAUGAAGCUUGUUCUACAAAUUUAUCCUCAUAACGAAACACCUACAUAACUUCUGUGUAGGCAGGCAAUGUACGUGGAUAACUCCUCAUAAUGUCUGUGUAUUUCAGGUAGUGGAAUAUGUCAAUUUAAGAGGGGGAAAAAAGAAAUGGAGGGGAUUAGGUGAUUAUAAAAACUUGGAUCUCAAUUAACCGUUACCUUGUUUAUUUAAAAAAAACAACCAAUAAAAGUUAUUCAUGUAGAGCGAUAACCAAUACAAAGACAAGUAUUUACAUGAAUUAAAGUAGCAUUCUUUAACUCCCUGGGAUUUUAACAUAUCCAAUCAGAGAACCCAAAAUAUGCCAAACUUGCAUUUUUCAUAAACUGGUUUUCAACUAUAAUUUAUGCCAUUAGACAGAAUUUUAGAGUAAUCUAUUUCCGGAGUAAAAAGUGUAAAACAUUCCUACUUCUAUUUUUUUAAAAUGUUCUAGGACAAUAAUGAAUGUUCAGAAUAAUGAGUGCAUUUAUAUGUAAAAUUAAAUAUUGGUAGAAAGAGAAUAUAUAGUUUUAUUAUAGAUUAUAAUAAUAUAUAUAAAAUAAUUUGGAAAACACAAAGCUGAGAAAAUAUUUUUGUACUUUUUAUUUUUUACAUGUUUUUAUCAGAAUAUAAAAAUAUUCUUAGUCUUUCUACAAAUAUAAUUCAGCAUAUAUUUUGUGUAAUAUUUUAAAAAUUGAAGUUUACACACUUUUUUAAACCUAUAUUUAAGCAAAAAUAUGGGGAAAGGUCUCCAACUCAGGUAUUUUCCCCUGUAAAUUCUUAAUUUAGUGAAUUAAUUCCUGUGUCUCAUAAACCUAUAAAUGAGAACUUUAUUAACCCCCAAGGUAACAACAAAGGUUGCCUUCCUCACUUACUUAAAUCUCUUAUCCCCUAUGUUCUAGUGCAGGGAUAGGCAACCUUCGGGACUCUAUAUGUUGUGGACUACAUCCUCCAUAAUGCUCUUACACCCUUGAUGCUGGUAAAGCAUCAUGGGAAGUGUAGUUCAAAACAUCCGGAGUGCUGAAAGUUUCUUUACAAGGAGUGUUAGAUUGGUGAUAUUCUUCCAGGGUGGGGAGCAACGAUUCAGCGAGAACCCAAUUUACUCUUUCAGGACACAUUAGAGGACCCAAGAUCUGAAAUUGGAACACUUCAGCUUUAGAACAUAAUGUAUUUAUUUCUAAUGUUUGAGUGUUUAUUUAAAUUUACCAGAGAGUGCCUUUUAGUGGAUGAGCCAAGAUCAUAACCAACCAACCAACCAAAGGUAUUUCACAAUACUACAGCAAUAUUUCAUGUAGCCAUACAAAAUAAUUUAAGACCAAAAGUUAUUACCCCUAUAAAUAGUUCAGUUUUCUAAAACAAACCAACAAUAAAUUCUGCAUUAUUUCAUUUGUGCUAUGAAUUUAUGCAAUAAAUUAAGAUAAACCUUCUCCUUUAUCUCCAGUUGCCUAUGUCAAAUUAAGCCUUUCACUACCUUCAGAGCUGGUCACAGAAAGAGAUACAAAAAUAAACUGACAUAAAAAUCUCAGCCUGAUAUUUUAUUUUUAUAUAUAUAUAUAUAUAUUUUUUUUUUCUCCUCAUGGUCGAGUGGAAUCUGCCAGUGAAAAAAUAAACCAUAUCAGUAUUUAUUAGGCUUCAGGAACAAUGGGACAGUGGGUUUUAAGCGAUCACAAGACUGGAUAUCUUAUGCUGUAUUAGGCUUCUAAUUUUUUUUUUUUUUUACUUGGUAAAUAUUAUUGAAGACCGUUUUUGUAUAACAUAGAAAAUGAAUGUUCAAAUGAUAUGUUAUUGUGUGCGAUAAAGCAUAUCACAUUGCCAUAUUUAUGUAAUGCCAAAACUGCUUGAUUUCUGAGGUAGUUGACCUUUUUGUUGGUACCGGAAAACUGAUAAAAUCAAUAUUUAAACUGAUGGAAACAUGUUUUUCAAUCAGAAAAUGGUUGUGAACCCUCCAUUGCCCUUUAUAUUCAGUGAAUCGAUGUACAUUGAUCUGCAAGCAAAGAUAUCAAAUUGUUCCAAACCGCUGGAUAAUAUUUCCUAUAAACAAGUUAAUUUUAAUGGGGAAAAAAAAACACAAUUGCUGCAAAAAUUAAAAAGAUCGGCCUCUUAUGAUACCUCAUGCACAAUAAUUUUUUUUUAUUUUCAAUUUUUUACACACGUAAUUAAGCCUGUGAUAACAUUUGACUAAUCGUGCGCUCACAGUACACAUAUAAGAUUAUGUGAUAUCUGCCAUUUUUAUAAGGAAUGCAUAUAGAAAAUGCAUACAACAGGGCUGCACUCUAACUAUUGCUACCCUGCAGAAUGCAUUUAUGUGUUCUGAGUUGAAGAGGCAUGAUGGAUGUCUUCUAUAUUAUGUCCAUUUUCAGGGAGACAGAUUUCCUUUGUGUAUUUGCUGCUACGCUACUAUUUGCUAUUCAAUGUAAUUUUCCCUGUGAACAUUUUAUUAUGAAAUAUUUUCAUUCUGCCUUAAUGUUAGCCCAAUGGAAAUUUUUGUAUUACCUAGAAUACAUUUCUGUUUUUAUUUUGCUGGGGAAAAAGUUGUUUUUUGUUUAUUUGCAACCAAUUAAAUGUCACUCGGAUUGUAACGGGGUUAUGUUGGUUGUGCAUUCCUCCUUUAACAAUAUAAAAUACUCCUAUUUCAUGAUUAUUUUGCUUAGGUGCAGUCUGAUAUACAAUGAUCUGGCAACCAAAUUGUAAAGUGUAGACCUGAAUUGGAAAUCAAGUCUAAAACUCUAAGGCUUGUUGAAUAUAUAUAUAUAUAAUAUUUUUUUAUUUUAUUUUUUAUUUUUUUUACCCAGCGCAGAUCUUAUUGACAACUCACUGAUUAGGAAAUCAACACAAGGUUUUUGAGCUUAAAUUAGUCAAAUGCUUAUCUGGAAAUCCUGCGGUCAACAUAUACUCACUAAAAGAGUUUCUGUUGCAAAAAAUCUGUGGAAACAAAAUCAGAAUUGAAAGAAAAUAAUAUUUUUUUCUUUUUUUUGCCAGACUGUUUUAGAGCAGCAAUAACUGCAUUGUUGUGUGUUGAUGCGUUGAUUCGAAAUAAAAAUCCAUUUAUUUUUCUAUAGAGUAGAGCUGGCGGCUUGGCAAGGUACUUAUCAGCCUUCCCUAAUACAAACUACCAUUGUAAAUCAGCCGGCAAUCGCUCUGAAUCAGCCUGCACUCAAUCAAAAAACUAUUUUACAUUAUCUUUCAACCAAUCAAUCAUUUUACAUCAACCAAGCAAGCCAUUCUAGAUGAGCCUGCCCUUUAACUUUUCCUUCUGAAUGUAUGUAAAUACGGUCUGUAUAGCAUUCUCCAUUAUGAAAUAACUUUUAUUAACAUGUGAAAAUUUUGUGUAAAUUAAAUCAAAGUUAAAAUAUAUCUCUAUGAAGCUAUGUAUAUAUAAAUAAUACUGUAUUUUCUUUUACGUUCCUUAAGAAGUAUAUUUACUUUGGAAAUAAACAAAGUGUAAAUUGAA